CUCCCCAUCACCGCUCAUGACCUCCUUCACCCCCAUGCCCGACCCCUCCCUCGUCGCGCCGCCCCCCUCGGGCAACGGCGAGGUACCCGGUUUCCCCAAGAAGCGCAAGCGAGGCGCAACGCGCCUGUCUUGCGCCGAAUGUCGAAGAUUGAAGCUACGCUGCGACCGCCAAAUCCCUUGCGGGUCUUGUAUAAAACGAGGCUGCUCCGCGAUCUGCCCGGAUGGCUCUUUGACCACAGGGAAAGGAAACCGUAGAUUCGUUCUUGCGUCUACCCAAGAGCUGCACGAGAAGGUCGCCGCCUUGUCAUCACGAAUACGCGACCUCGAGGAUGGCCUACGUACAUCACAUGCCCAACAGUCCCAAGAACCACAUCCGCUCCUCGCAGAUGACCUCCUCACGAUCAAAGCACCGAUUCAGCGUGAAGGCCUCGCGCAACUCGUCGCGGGCAACGGGCACCCUCAGGACGACCCAAGCGACAUAGUCGACAAUUUCGGGUCAUUGCAUAUCAGCGAUACGGGAAGAACGAGCUAUUUCGGGCAGGCGACCAGUUCCUGGUAUUUCCUGACGAACGAGAAUUCUCGAGAGCAGGAAUCGGACAACCGGAGAGAUAACCUUAGGCGGCUCCUUCCUCCAGAAAUUCUCGUUAUGGCGAGCGUGGUCCCCGUUGCGUCCCACCUUCCUCCAACACUAGAGUCGGAUUCGGGCCGACUCGAACAAUUGCGUUCACUCUUCUGGUAUCUCCCGCCGGCCGAUGAGGCCGCUGAAUUGCGCCAGAUCUAUUACCAACAUGCUGCCUGGAUGUAUAAUCCAGUGGACCCAGCGGCUUUCAACGAACAAGCCUUCAACGUCUUCUAUUCCGCUACCGCGCCACCACUCGAUGAUCCCUUGCUCUCCCACCAACUCGCGCUCCUGUUCAUGGUACUCGCCAUCGGCAGCUUGAUGGACUUGUCGCGUCCUGCAUACAACGUUGAGGCGGAGAAAUACCACCAACUGGCGCGCGCGGCUCUCUUCCAGAGUCCCGUGUUCGAGGAGCCGACUCUCAGCGGAGUACAGGCAUUGUAUCUGAUGGCUUUCUACCUCUUCCUCUGCGAGCGGCAUGGGACGGGCGUCGGUACCCGGUGGGCGUUCAUGGGUCUCGCCGUCAAGCUAAGCGUCAGCAUGGGACUGCAUCGUGAUGCGGGGCGGUGGAAUUUGGAGCCAGUGGAGAUCCAGCGGCGUCGGGAGACGUUCUGGGAGGUAUAUUCGUACGACUUGCUACAGUCGUACACACUCGGCCGCCCGCCAUCAUUCUCACUCGCGCACAUUGACUGCAAGAAGCCUCAGGCAGAGGAUCCGAACAACGAGUUGACAUUCCAUUGGUGGAAACACAAGUUUACGUCUGAGUGCAUGAACUCCGUCUACGACCAGGCGUUCGGUGCGAAGGUGCCGACGUACAGCACGGUGACUCAGCUGGAUCGCCGGCUGCGAUCGUUCCCCGUCCCCGCAUUGCUGCAGAUUGCGGGCUUCGGGACGACGGAGGCGCGUGCGAACAACUAUGCUGAUAGCAUUCCCCUCAUCCUCCAACGGCACACCGUCCUCGCCAUCAGGGAGUCGAAUCUCCUGUACAUGCACCGAGGGUUCUUUGCUCGCGCGAUCAACGACCACCCGAACGACCCACUCGGCAGUCCGUACGGGGGCUCGUUCAUCGCCGCAUACCGCAGCGCUGGCUCGCUAGUUGCCCUCGUCCGGAACAUACACUCGCAGCUGAAGGAACUGACCGAACGGAUGUGGUUCCUCUGGACACAUCUGUUCUCAUGUACGAUCAUACUGGGUUCGAUCGUGACCCGCUGUCCGUCAAUGAGUCUCGCACCGUCCGCGCUUGUGCAGCUUGACUCAGCAUGCGAGCUCUUCGCAAAAGCGGCUCACUUCUUUAAAGCAGAGAAGGUCCUGGACAUCAUGAGGAACCUGCAGGCGAAGGCCCAUGCAAGCCUCGCUACGUAUCGCAACUCCCCGCCCCAAGUCAAGUCGUCACCCACAGAAUCCUCAUCGCCGGCGGACGUGCAGACGAGCGAGCUGAACAUCCUCGGCGGUCGUACACGACUUGUCGCACCCAAGGAGAAGUCGAUGUCCCCGCAACUGAUGGACAGGUCUCCGACGUCCCUCAAUCCGAUCGUCCCACUCCCGCUCAAGCAGACGGAUUGGCAGGAGGAUAUGCACCCGAGUGUGUUGCAGUACCUGCGCACGUUCGUGCCGACCCCGGCACCGGCCCAACAGGUGGGAGGAUGGACGAAUGACCAGCCGAUGGCUGGGCCUUCCAACGUCGGGAUGCACCAUAUGCACAACCAGCAGUCUUCGUCGUUUGACCAACAUCAACAGCAGCACCCGGACCUCUCUCCUAUCAGCACGACCUUCGGCCAGCCCACCGAUAUGUAUCAACAGCAACAACAGCAGCAACAGCAGUCAAUGGGUAUGCUGAUGGAGGGCAUGGUGCCCAGCUUCCCUCAGUACUUCCCCGUGUUCGACUACGGUCUCGCCGGAGAUCCGAACUCCGCGUACGUCUCGUCACCGAGCAACUCGCUGGACGGCGGAGACCCAAGGUCAUACUCGCCCGAAAGCGCGCCGAGCCUGCAGACGACUUGGCAGGACUUUGUAGCGCAGAUGGGAGGGGCGGUAUGAAAAUGGGCGGAUUGUGCUUGUCAGAAGACGCUUUCCGCCACUCGUCGUGUUGUGUCCGAUUCUCUGUUGUCUUGCUCUCUCGCAUGUGUUACGGUUCCUUGGGUUCUUGUAGGCUGUCUUACCGCAUUGUAUUAUAAGUAGUCAAGUUAAUACCCCGGAUGUCUCGAAUGAGAGUCUGCUUCAAGAUGAC